AUGUCUCGCCUAUUUUCGUCUCAGGUGUACGACACGGAGAACCUGAGCCAGAAGGAGAAGUUCGAGGCGGACCUGAAGAAGGAGAUAAAGAAGCUGCAGCGGUACCGCGACCAGAUCAAGACAUGGAUCCAGUCCAGCGAAAUCAAGGACAAAAAGGCGUUGCUGGAUGCGAGGAAGCUAAUAGAGCGGGAGAUGGAGCGGUUCAAAGUGUGCGAGAAAGAGACCAAAACGAAAGCUUUUAGUAAAGAGGGGCUCGGUCAACAGCCAAAGACGGACCCGAGGGAAAAGGCCAAGUCGGAGUCUCGUGAUUGGUUGAAUCAGAUGGUGAGCGAGCUGGAGUCACAGAUUGACGGGUUUGAGAGCGAGAUGGAGGGGCUGCAAGUCAAGCGGGGCAAGCAGCGCCCGCCAAGCCUGAUGCAUCUGGAGGAGUCGAUCACGCGGCACAAGGCGCACAUCACGCGGCUGGAGAUGAUUCUGCGGCUGAUGGACAACGACGAGCUGAGCCCCGAGCAGGUCACGGACGUGAAGGACCUCGUGGAGGACUAUGUUGAGAGGAACCAGGACGACUUUGAGGAGUUCUGUGAGCCGGACGAUCUGUACGAGUCGCUGCCUCUAGAGAAGAUGGACGCCCUCGAGUCGCUCGAGUCCGUGCCCAUCGUGCCACCAGCCGUUGUGGUGAAGGAGAAGGCGGCUGUCGCUGCUGCCUCGGGGCUAGCGCUGCCCAAGUCCAUCCUCACUGCUUCCUCCCUACCGAAAUCAGGACCAGCGGGAACACUCGCGCAUCCCUCACCCCCAUCCGUCUCUUCAGACACAUCUGACUCGGUCGCUACAGAUGACUCCUCCUCCACUCAUAGCUCCUCCCGCACUGCCGCUGCUGCCGCCGCCGCCGCCGCUACAGCCGCCCCCCUCCCCGCCACCAUCACCACCUCCUCUGCUGCCUCCUCCCGCGCUACAGCCGGCCGUGCUGCUGCUGCUGCUGCUACAGCCAGAGCAGUGGCACCUGCAGCAGCAGCAGCAGCAGCAGCAGCAGCACCAGCAGUAACAACAGUAGCAGGAGCAGGAGUGGUAGCAGCAGCGCCUGUUGCUGCAAGCACGGUUACGGUUACCAGUGGGGGACGAGUAGGGGCGAAGGAAGGAGGUGGUGGGGGAGAGGAAGGGGCAGGAGGGUCAGGGCAUGGUAUGGCAAGUGUGGGGGGUAAGAGAGUGGGUCCGGGAAUAGGGGAAGUCGCAGGGGGAGUGGCAGGGCGGCACAACAGAUCUGCAGAUGUUGGUUCUGCCAAUGGGGCUGCAGGAACAGUGUCUUCAGGUUCGGCAGGAGGUCCGGCAGCCAGUGUAGGUUCGGGCUCGGCAGCUGCAAAAGCAGGGAAGAAAGGGGCGAGUUUGGCUGCGAUUGUUGGCGGUUCUGGUACUCCCGGCGUUGCUGCUGCUGGUGCUGCUGCUGGCGCUGCUGGGGCUGUCAUUGCGGGCCCAGGCCCUCGGUCGAUCACUUCUCCUCCUCCCCCAUUCACUGUUUCUGGGGCGGCCGUGCCUGCCGCUGCCGGGCCUCCAGGUUCGGCCGUGCCUAGCUACUCACACGCUGCAGCUGGUGGGGUGCAGCAGCAGGCAGGCGAAGCAGCAGCGGCGGCAGCAGCAGGGGCAGGGCUGUUGCCAGGGGUCGGGGUGGCUGCUGGUCAGGCCGCCCCUGGGAGUAUCAACGGGGCUGUGGUUGGUGUUAAUGGCACGAAUGGAAUUGCAGCAAGACCUCCCUUGCUCUCCGUGGGCUCUUCUCCUGUCCCUCCUUCUGCCCUCGCUUCUGGUCCCAUGCAAUCCAGUGCAGUGAUGUCCACCGGCCUUGCCCCGGGUGGCCUCGUUCGUCCGUUUGCAGCCGCAGCAGGCGGGGCACCAGGUGCUUCUUCAGGUGUUUCUGACUCCGCUGCCGUCGCUGGCUCGGCAACGCCAGGCGCGUCCAUCCUUUCGUCCGGCCUUCCCGGAGCAGCAGGCUCGGCGGCAGGCCUGGGAGUCGGCUCGGUGGGAGGCUUGGCGUCGCCAGGCUCUGCAGGGGCAGGCAUGAUGAUGCCAGGCGUAGGCGGCGUGGGAGGGGUGGGACAGGGAGGGGUGGGAGCAGGGCUGGGAGCAGCGGCCGCCAAUGUGUUGAGUGCGCAGCAGAGGAUGUUCAAUGCGGUGGGGGCACAGUGGAGGCCUGGGCUUCCCAGUUCAGCUGCUUUCCAGCAGCUGCAGGGAGGCGUGGCUGCUGCUGAUGGCACUGGCGGGCUGUCUGCUCUCCCUGCUGGGGUCCGCUUUCCUCCGGGGUUCCAGCGCACAGAGAUAGCACCGGACCAGAAGCAGAGGUACAUUACCCGGUUUCAGCAGGUGCAACAGCAGGGGGUCACUGCUGCAGUCAUGGCUGCCGCUGCUGCUGCCGCCGCUGCUGGCGCCGGCUCGGCAGCAGGUUCGGGAGCGUCCCUUGCUGGUUCGACGUCGGCUGGGAACUUGGCGUCUCCCUUGCUGGCCAUGCAGCAACAUCCUGUGCUGUCCCAGUCGCCUCUUCCCCCGCAGCAGCAGCAGCAGCAACAACAGCAACUACAGCAGCAGCAGCAGCAACAGCAAGUACUUGCAACUCAAUCAUCAGCAGCAGGAGCUGCAGGGGUGGGCCCAGACGGACAGGCAAGGCAGGGUGGAGGGGAAAAGACUGCUGCUUUUGCUGGUGCAUCGCUUUCAGCACCAGGGGUCAUUGGAAGAAAGCAAGGGGGAGCGGGGAUGGGCGACACAGGGCCGAUCAGCGACCCCAUGUCUCUACCCGCUGCUGCUGGUUCUGGCAACGCAACUGGAGCAGGAGGAGCAGCAGCAGGAGCAGGAGCAGUGGGAGCAGUGGGGGCAGUGGGAGCGGGAGGGGUGGGGCAAGGAGGAGGAGGAGGCGGGGCAGCAGCAGGGGCGCCAGUGGAUCAUGCACUGAAUCUGGCUCUGCUGGACUCGUCCUUUGGAAACUUGCCACAGCCCAAGGACUCGGAACGACCGAGGGCCUACAUUCCGCGGAACCCCGCCAUCACGCCUGCCAGCUACCCCCAGGCGCCAGCAGCAGUGCUGGAGCACCCAGGGCUGUGGGAGCGGCUGGACAUGGACGUUCUCUUCUUCGCCUUUUACCACCAGCAGGGCACGUAUCAACAAUACCUGGCUGCACGUGAGCUAAAGAAGCAGUCGUGGCGCUACCACAAGAAGUACAACACGUGGUUCCAGAGGCACGAGGAGCCCAAGCUCACCACCGAUGACUACGAGCAGGGCACCUACGUGUACUUUGACUUUCACAUCGUGCAUGACGACUACCAGACCGGAUGGUGUCAAAGGAUCAAGACGGAGUUCACAUUUGAGUACAGCUACUUGGAGGAUGAGCUGCCUGCUGCUUGA